AUGGGCAGACGUACAAGCACCGGUCUGGUACUCUUCGCGUGGCUCGGUAAGCGAGAACUUCCGGAAUGCAAGGCAUAUCUAGCUUUCACUCAACUAUAUGAUACUAGUUGCUCUUACUGUAACAGAAAUAGCACCGCUUGCUUAUUCAAGACCGCCACUUCUAUAACACCAACUGCGGAUACCGUACCUUCAUGUACAACUUUCUUCUUUCACAACUCUUUCCUCCUAACGCUGGCUUUCUUUCUAAUGAAAGGGCCUAAGACUCAGGGGCGUGCGUGGAACGGAGCGGAGUCACUCGACUUAGAAGAUGGGAUUGAGCUCUACUUCUUAUUCUUAAUACGAGAGGAGGGUCACAGGCUGAUAGGUGGAAGUAUUCAAGAUAACUAUAGAGCGGAAUGCUUGGAGCGAGCCGAGCGCUUUCCUUUUAGCCGUGACUUGUACCGAUCUGUAUUUAGCCAGCUCUUUAGCUCUGCUUGGGUCUAUUGGUCUAGUGCUAUUCGGUUAAAUGUCCUUUGUUUGUUGUCUCGUCGUUCAAGGUCGAAGGCAUAA